AGAUACGCACGUAAUUUAAACAGCACGCUAUCCCGCUUCGGAUCUUAGCGCUUCCGCUUUCCGAUUGAUAGUCGAGUUAGUUUGGACGUUCGUACUUAUCUCUGCUCACCAUUUGACUAUCCGCUACAUAUUCCUAGGGACGGUCAGUGUAUAUAAAGAGCUCUGUUUGGAAGCAGAGAGAUGAAGGUAGUCCAUACCUCAUAGUCAAGAGAGAAACGCAUCGAGAAAGGAGAUCAAUUUCAAGCCCAAGUGCAGACCUCACGGGUACCGAGCUUAUCUCGGCACAAGACAAGACUCCACUCACAUACUCAUUGAUGCCUCCCAUGAACAUAUGAACAUAUGAACAUAUGAACAUCCAUACACCACAACUACUUCCAUGACGCCCAAACGAGUGAGAACAGUUGAAGGCUCAUGCUGGGCCUGCAAAGAUCGUCGCGUUAUAUGCGACUUGCAACGACCGCAAUGCUCGCGCUGUCUCGCCGAAGAUCAGGUCUGCGAGUACGGCAAGUUGCGGUUGAGAUGGUGUAAUGGUGUCGCUGCUAGGGGUCGUUUUGCAGUCGCAAAGAGAUAAAUAUCAGAAAUCUGAGAAUUGGCAGGUGUCGCCGUCACCGUCAUCGUUGUCGUCGCCUUCGUGGUCAUUUUCGGAGUCAUCUCCGCUGUUGUUGACGCGAGAACCAAGUCUGGAGGUUGUGAGGGCUGGUAAUGAAGAGGAUGAAGAGAUCCCUCCGUCGUCGCCAGAGUACAGCAAUGCUUGUCAUAUUACAGCCAUGCCGCCACUUAUAACAACCGAUCAGUCAAUGCUCUACUUUGAGCACAUUGUGGUUGACCGCUUCAAUUUGUCGACAGAACCGGUUCUGGUAGAUCUGGCUUCGGUAUACAAGUAUCCCGCUCUUCUAUAUUCAGUCACUGCGGUUGCCAACGCCCAUCAACACCUUUCCUACUGUCCCGGACGUCGUGAUGCAUUUCUAUCCAAGAGGACAGCGCGGCUGAAGGCGAUUUACAAUUUUCGGACACAAUUAGAAAGUCCAACCCAAAAUCACCAACAUCAAGUCCGAAUAUCACGUCGUUACCUCCCUUUAGAUCUGUUCAUUGCCAAUGUUCUUCUCUGCAUUCUCGACGGUGUGAUUGAUCCCAACGAUGAGGAUGCCGCCUCCCAAGUCCAUUACCGCGGCGGACGUGCCAUUCUGAGUCAAUGGAAAUUGCAACGACAGCUUCUGCAACGACAGAAACGAGGUCUUCCGGCUUUGAUGUUGUCGUGUUUCGCGACCAUGGAUUUGACGUAUUCACUUCUCAGUGGUGAGGAGCAGUAUUUCCGCGAUACUACCUGGGCUCAUUUCGCUGGUAGUGAUGGUUGGUGGGGUGUACUUGAGCCGUGUGAUCCAUUCCUGGACAUCAUGCGGAUACUCUCCCGUCUGGCUCAGAUGGGACAUGCUGUGCAUAGCAGCGGGGACAGUUCUCUCUUCACCGACGAGUUAGACGCUCUUUCCAUGACCUUAUGUGGCCAUACUCCAACCGCGGAUGGACCAGAUCUUCUGUCUCUGGUACAAGAUGAAUUCUUCAAAACAUCUCAAAACACACAAGCUCCCCUCGCACCUCACCUUUUAGCUCCUAUGUACUCAACCGAACCCCAACUUGAUCACGAUCAAUCCUGGACCGUCUUCUGCAACGGCUACCGUCUAGCAGGAUUGAUAUAUAUAUACCGCGUCUUCCACGGACUCGACACAUCACACCCUUUAGUUCAACAAGCCACUUCCUACGGCUUAAGGGCAAUUUGCGAACCACGUCUAAGGGGGAAACUCGCGCAUUGUCUUCUCUUCCCAGCACUCGUGAUCGGAGCUCAUUGUCGAACAGAACCACAGCAAAAGGCAAGUCUAACUGCGAUGCGUUCAACGGCUGCAUUUUUGAACUUUGGCUCCAUGAGGGUGAUGGAGAAUUUCUUGAAAGGGCUGUGGGCGCGAUAUUUAUCCUCCUCCUCGUCUGAGUCUGAGUCGUGGUGGGAAUGUUUUAAACCCAUAUCGGAAAGGGCAUUUCUUUUCUAGACCUUUUUCUUUUCCUCUCUCUUUUCGGGUAGUGCGGGCUUUCUUUCGGGGUAUAUCCUUCUUACGAGGCGUUGGUGAUUGGGUAUGACGACCUGCUCAACUCCGCAGGUUGAUCAUGUUGGGAGUUUGGAUGAAUUGUUUCUGAUUCUUUUCUUUUUUGAAUGUGUUUAUAUAUUUAAGGAUUUAGUUCUUAUGAUUAAUGAUAGCGAAUAAUUUUCUAAUUC